GGACAAAUCUAGACGUCACGUAACGACCUCUUUUUGUGUCGUAUUCCUGUGGUUUGAAGCCACUGAAAAUAAUAUGCUUGCUAGAUACGUCACGUGACGGCUGGAUCUAAAGCGAAGCGGAUCAUGUGAUUUAUCUAGCGGCGGGAAGUCCGAGUCUUUUUAUAGAAUCGAUUCGUUUGGACAGUUUAUGUCAAUGAACCGAUUCAAAGUAGUCGUCACUCCCCAGAGCACCAGCAUUUAAGGUACAAUCCCCUGCGGGACUCCUGGGUUCUGGUUUCUGCUCAUCGGAUGAAGCGUCCGUGGAAAGGACAGGUGGAGAAACCUCCAGAGGACAACAUCCCACGACACGACCCGAACAACCCCCUCUGUCCCGGCAGCGUGAGAGCUAAUGGAGAGGUGAAUCCUGAAUAUGACAGCACGUUCAUGUUUGACAAUGACUUCCCUGCUCUUCAGCCUGAUGCUCCAGACCCCGGCUCGGACCAUCAUCCACUUUUCCAAAGCAAAGCAGCCAGAGGCGUUUGUAAGGUCAUGUGUUUUCACCCGUGGUCUGACAUCACCCUCCCCCUCAUGCAGCCUGCAGAGAUCCGUAAAGUGAUUGACAAGUGGGCAGAUCUGGUCGUAGAGCUGGGUGCCGAGCACACGUGGGUGCAGAUCUUCGAGAAUAAAGGAGCCACGAUGGGCUGCUCAAACCCCCAUCCUCACUGUCAGGUUUGGGCCAGUAAUUUUCUCCCCAACGAAGCUUCACUGGCGGAGCGCUGUCAGAGAGACUUCCAGCAGAAGCACGGAGAGCCUUUGCUGCUUCAGUAUGCUCGAAUGGAGGCACAAGCACAGGAGCGGGUGGUGGUGGAAAACGAGCACUGGUUGGCGGUGGUGCCGUAUUGGGCGACUUGGCCAUUUCAGACGCUGCUGUUGCCACGACGACAUGUCCUCCGUCUCCCUGACCUCACUGCCCAAGAGAGAGACAGUCUGGCAUUCGUAAUGAAAAGACUCCUGACGAAAUAUGACAACCUCUUUGAGGUCUCCUUCCCCUAUUCAAUGGGAUGGCACGGGGCCCCGACAGGAAGUCAUCUGCAGGAAGACAUGAGCCACUGGCAGCUUCAUGCUCACUAUUAUCCUCCUCUGCUGCGAUCCGCAACCAUACGCAAGUUCAUGGUCGGAUACGAGAUGCUCGCUAAUGAACAGAGGGAUCUUACACCUGAACAGGCUGCAGAGCAGUUAAGGAAGCUCGGAGAGGAACAUUAUAAGAUGAAAAGAACUAAAGGUGAUGGAGGGAUGGAGAACUAAAAGAGUGUGACCUGUUGGCCACCUUCUGUGUCCAAUGGCCAGAUAAUGAGAACAUAAAACUGUGAGAAACAGAUGGAGCUGUAAGACGACUCAUCUGUUUUAGUGCAAAGAGUUUAAAAUUUGAACUAACUUCCUUUUGAAACACUUUUUUGUUCUUUCAUUCAAGUUAGAAGUUAAAAUUGGCUCCCAAGUUUUUUUGUCCAGGGCCCUAAAGGCCAAACCAUGGGAGCUGGUAAUUGCUUAGUUAAGAGCCAAAGUGAUUUUACAGAAAAGUUUGAAAUUAUAGGUUGUAAUCUUUGCUUGUGUGCUAAAGUUCUUACUUUUUUGGCAAAAUUAAUUUGGCAAAGGAAACACUGAAAACAAGCUUCCAUAAAAUUAAAAAGUUUUUUUAUGGGCUGGAAACUGCUGGAAAAGAUUUAAUGUGAAAACAUUAAAGAAUUAAAGUCAUUCUGCUGAUGUUCUAUCAACCAUACAGAAUUCAUAAACAACUAAGCAUACUCUGGAAAUUGACUACAUAUAAUCAUGUAAAAACUAGCAUGUAUCUACUCAAAACACCAGAAACCAUGUGUCAAGAACCAGAAACACUCACGAAACAACUCAGAAUGCCCGAAUAUCCUAGAAACAAUUCACUGUAUCCUUAGCAAGCAGCUAAAUGCCUGUAUCAGCUGCCUAGCAACAACUUAGAAACCACUCUAGCAAUACCUUAACAUCCUAACCACCAACUAAAAACACCCUAAAAACCAAACAGUUUUACCGGUUACUGCACAUUGUUAUUUUCUUUGUUAUUUACCUAAAGCAUCUAAUAAACAGGAGAAAAUGGAAUUACACCUAAAAAACACUGCCUAGAAAAACAAUUAAAACCACCCUAACAACCACUAAAUACCCUAGCAACAACCUUAAAUGCCUCAUGACUUAAUACUGCCCUACUAAUCACUGAACACACUAGCAAACACCUUGCAACAUUUUACAUACUGCCUAAAUCACAGUAUGUAUCACAUAGCCUAAAACAACAUAGCCAUGACAUGACCACUUUCAACUUAGCAACUGUCUAAAAACUCUCAGGUAACUAUGCAAAACACCCCAGAUUCCAUAUAUCAACACUUUAGCAACCACUCAGAAUACAUUAACAACCAGAGUAUCAGAAUAUUCUAGCAACUGUCUAAUCAACCAUCAUAGUACAUAGUACGUCAUAGCAACCACAAAGAACACUGUAACGACUGAUUAGCAACACCCUAGCAACCACCUACUCUAAAGGCUUAGAACAUUUUAUCCACCACCUUGCUUAUACUGCCUAGAAAUGACCUAGCAAUCCCCUACAACUCCCCUACAACUCUAAAGGCUCCCAGGCAACUACAAAAACAGUCUAGAAACCAUAUAACAACACCUUAGCAACAACCCAGAACAUCCAAACCACUACAGUAAAAGAAUAUCCUAGAAACGCUGUAUCAACUGCCUGAAAGCACCCUAACAACCACAAAACACCCAUCUAGCAACACCUAACAAACUGUCUAAAAAAAUCACAUGCCUAGAAAUUACCCAGGCAACUACACAAAACACCCUAGAAACCAUUUAUCAACACCUUAGCAACCACUUACAGCAACCCAGAAUCAAGACGACACCUUUCGCACAGACACGCAUUUCUUCUGAGAAAGCAAAAUCCAGAUAAAUGUUCCUUUAUUCAUAACCACAGGAACUUUCUCCAGUACAUACUGGCAAUUUCCAGCUUGGCUUUCUGCAGCCGUUAAAACGGAAAGUGUAAUUGAGGCCUCGGGGCAGCUCACUUAAUGAGGGAAAUGUGUUCAGCGGAUCAGUUUUCCUUUUCCUGCACCGCACCUGCCGGGCCGCAGUUCCGUUUACACCGCCGUGCAAAUGGCUGACAUUGAGAGGCGAAACGUUUUUCUUGUCAAGCCAAUUUACAGUGGCAUAACAGAAGGUCUCUCUCCCACGCCAGGUGCUCCAUCAUUCUCUCUGUCAGUGAUUCUCAGUGUACUUAAGAACGUGAGCGGGCCCAGUCUGUCUGCGGCGCCAUCCAUCUGUUCAGGUGUCUGUUGUCAUAGAGAACGUGGGGUUGCGAUCGUUCCGAGCAGACGCCGGGGACGGAUGAGCUCUUCAACAUGCUGCGGUGAAAUCAUGAAUCAUAAAGAAAACUAAAUUUGGGUUUACUGUGCUUUUGUUGUUGUAACACUGGAGAGGAAGUUCACAGAAAAUCGGCCCCUUCCCAUUGGCUGCAUUUACACUGCAAGGUCUAAUGCACAGAUCCCACAUUCUGACAUUAUUCCCCCCAUCUGUUUACGUUCACUUGCAUAGCCGUAACAGACUGUGUUUGCAUUAAUACCCAGUCACGCUGCUCUGGCCCUAAUUGAUCUGGUUUGCAAAAUCAUUUCUUACAGUGUUUUCCAGUGGGCUCAUGUGUGUGCUGUUUGGUUUAGACUAAAAGGACUGUGGUUUUGUUGCAAACACACACUACAAAGAUUUUUAAUGUUAUUGAAAAUGGUCAGCUAUGCAUUUAUUUUGAUUAAAAACUCCAGUAAAACACACAUUUUUUCAUAUUACACAUACCUAAUACUGCAGAUUUUUAUGUUUUUAUUUGGCUAUCCAGACAAAACCUAUUUUUUUCAAAGAGUGGCCACACUCACUGCUAAAUCUCAUUGGUUCAAAUCCCCACUCAAAAUAAGUGUGCUAAACAUCAAAUAAGUUCGCUCUAAUGUUGUCGCAUCGCAUCUGGAAUCAUUUUUCUUUUAGCGAGGACAGAAAACGACUGGAUGCUGAAGCAUCUGGCGAAGACUCUAAAUCAGACAGUCUUUUAUUUGUAUAGUUUUCUCAUGCUACAGUUCUUUUCUUCCCUUUGUUUUUAGUUCUCCGAGCGCUCAAAUGUUUUCAAAAGGCUGUAUACUUUGAAGAUAAAAGUUCAUACGGCUGCUUCUGGAAAAGCAACUUUUGUCAUCUGUCAUUUGUGUUCCCGCAGUUUCAAUCUCUUCACAUUUCAUAAAACUUGUGAACAAGCUGCAACUUCUGUACUUGAGAAAUACACACAGGAUGAGCAACAAUGGCUCGCUUGCUGUCCCGCGAAGGUCAUUUUUCCUCGACUUUAAGAUUGGGUCCUUGUGCUGUCAUCCGUUAACUGAGCAUUCCCUCCCUUGAGCUACAUCACUCCUGUCUUUUCCAGGCUCGCAAUCCCGAGCUUCUUCAAACACUCCUGUUUGGCUGCAUGCCCGAGUUUGCCCAUUGAUACCGUUCGAUCGCUCUGAUUGUCAUAAGAGCCAGUUGUUGCCAGCUGCCCACUCUGAAGUUUGCGGCAAACUCCUCGUAUCACAUCACGACAACAACCCCUUGAGGCAGUUCAUUUAUCUUCGGCACGGUUUAUAGCUCGUGAAUGCCAUUACCAGCCGGGCCUGUCUGAAAUCCAUAAGGAGAUACGUGUUUAUUAAAAAGAUGUCUUGUAAUCAAUAGCAGUUUUCCCUUUCGAUGGAGAGCUGCUGUACAUUAUCUCACCAUUGAGUGACAUUGAUAAUAGCGGAUCAAUUUUGUUUUUAGGAGGCUAUUUAAACAAUCUAUAAUAUCUCAGAAGGGCUAAUGCAUCUUAGUCAGGCUGCUCGCCUUUGACGUCAAGUCGGUUGCUUUUACUGAGGGCUUUGAAAUAAUGUUGAAAAUAGCUGUCAAAGGUUUAUAGAAGAAUUGAUGUCAGAAUAUGGAGUCUAUAUCUGCGAUAUCAGACAUGGGUGAUGUUGCAUCAACGCUUUAUGCAAGCAAUUCCUUUUGAGUCAACAUGAAAUCAAAAUUAAGUCUUUUUGCACUCAUUACUUGUACCUUCAGGGGCAUCAUGCAUAUAUUAUGAAGCUUUGAUUAUGUUUUCAAUGUAGUGUAAUAAAUACCUUGCUUCAUAAGCCUGAGUAUACACUUCUAAAUUAUGAAUGUAUAUAAGAUAUUAUAUUUCCUUGCACUGUCACAAUUUAACAUUUUAAACACUAUUCUUUUAAACAUUUUUACAUUUUACACCACAUUUUUUUGUAUAUUUUAAAUCGCAGUUAAAGAAAAAAAGAGAUUUUUCUUGCGAAAGUAUUGCGUUCCUCUGUGAAUCUUGCCAUUUGUUUGCAAAACAUCUGUUUUCUUGCAAAAGUACUGAUUUCCCACAAGAAACGUUGCGCUCGGUCACGAAACAUUUGUCUUUUCACACUCAAUUAUUGCGUUCUACCUUGCAUUUGCGCACAGAACACUCGCGAUUUCUUAAAAAAGUAUUGCAUUCUCCCAAUCAACUUAGCAUCCGCUCUCGAAAAUGUCUUUUCUUGCAAAAGUGUUGCAUUCCCCCAAGAAAUCUUUUCAUUCUCUCUCUCAAAACAUUUGUCUUUUCUCACAAAAGUAUUGUGUUCCCGAGAGAACUUUUGCAGUCGCUCACAGAACAUUUGCGUUAAUUUCCAAAAGUAUUACGAUUUCCCAAAAACGUGCAUUUGCUCAAAAAACACUUGCUUUCUCUCACAAAAUUAUUAGAUUCCUCAGAGAAACAUUCCUGCAGGUUUUCUUGCAUUAUUGCGCUUCCCCUAGAAAUUUUGCUUACAGGUUUGCAAAUUUUUCAGGGAACACUACUUUAAAUCUACUAUAAUCACGACCUUAAACUUAAUUUUAAAAGUUGUUUGCGUCAUCAUAGUUUAUCCCUACCAAUCCAACUGAUUCAAAAGGGAAGGAAAGCGUUCUGCAGAUGUUGCUUCAUGCUGACUUCACAUAGGUGGUCAGCAAAAAUGACUACAAUUUGGUUUAUCCUCAAGGGUCUCCUCAAUUAUCAUUUAUGUUAAUAGAUUUAUUUUUUCUGGCCGUG